ACCCUAAACUUCCUUCUUGUGGUCGGUGAAUUAGGAGAUGGAGGAUGUGGAUGCCGUGCUGGAGAGGGUCUGUGACCUCCACGACAUGAUCAACGACGCCACCUCCCGCGCCCAUUUCCUGCGCUCCAUCAACGUCCGCCGUGGCGAGCGGGAGCCUGCAGCGGGCCGCAGAGGGGACGCCGGUGAUGGAAAUGGAGGGUUUGUCUUCGUCAAGGAGUUUGGGGCCGCGGAGGACGGCGCGGCGGUGGCGGAGGCCAGGAGCCUCGCCGCCAUCCGGUCCGCGCUGGAGAACCUCGAGGACCAGCUCGAGUUCUUCCGUACUGUACAAUCACAACAGCAAGCCGAACGAGAUUCUGCUAUAGCACGGUUGGAGCAAAGUCAUAUCAUUCUUGCCAUGAGAUUGGCUGAUUAUCGGGGAAAGAAGUACAGGGUAAUUGACAAAGCUUUAUCGUUUGUUGGUAAUGUGCAUGACAUGGGCCGUUCUGUCACACCAGAGACCCUCUCUGAGAACAAGAUAACAAGGAGUCAGUCUGGUAAGAAUUUGGAAGGCCACGAGGGAAGGAGCUCUAGCAUGUUAAUACAGAUGUUCAUAGCAGGCUUUGCUGCAGCGAAAAACUCAUUCAGAUUGGUGAGGAUCCAUGGUGUUUUAAGGAAUGCUGCUGUUUUUGCCAUAAGCAUGCUUGCUCUCAUGCAACUCAAUCAAGUUGCUUGUAGUGGUGGAACUGCUCGAUCACAACAUCAGACAUUCUACAAGAAGAGAAAUGGAGGAAGAUUUUCUUGGUCGGCCAGUGCUUCUUCUCAUAGCAGCCAAUUGGAGCGACUUGAGGUUGUGUCAGCUAGAGGUUAGGGUUUGCAGGUUGAUCCCUAUAAAUACUGAAAUUAGUAGGAAAUAUUGUGUGUUUUUACUUCUUUGUCAAGUUUUUCUUAUUCUUUUUUGUUACUUUAAUCUUGUAAGAUGGUCAUGUACAUGGUUGUAAAUCUAGUUAGGUUGUACUCGAACACUGUUCUGACUGCUUAUCAACAAGCUUUCUUAUUAGUAUGA